CUUUCAUACGGUUGGUUUUUGCGAUUGCAUCCCGCUCCCGAAUACCACAGGGCAGGCACGACGAGGACGAACGCUCAGCCUGAUGCGUCCAAUCAUGCUUCUAGAGCCAUUGCUGAUACUGGCGCUGCUGGGCGGCACCCUGGCGUUGAACGCAUGCGACGUGUGCGAGUGCAUUGGUUCGCAAAUCACCAAUUGCCAGCUCAGCCUGCAAUCUGUCCCAUCCGUUUACCCAACCCAUGCGAUUUUCACCUUAAAUCUGAGCAACACUCUGAUUACAUCCAUCCCGAGCAAUGCCUUUCGCGACUUGACCAUGCUCCAAGCCUUGUAUUUGGGGAACACGUCCAUCACUUCCGUCCCAAGCGACGCCUUUGCCAGUCUGAGCACGCUGCGAAUUCUAUACUUGAGCAAGAAUGCGAUUACCGCGAUUCCAAGCUUCCACUUGCACACGCCUCUUUUGAGCACCUUAAAUUUGGCAGACACCAACAUCACAACCAUCCCAAGCAACGCAUUCAGCACGUUGACCGGUCUGCGUAGCUUAUCUCUCCCAUCAACCAUUCAGGUCAUUGAACGGGAUGCUUUCGUCGGACCCUGUUUAGAAUCACUGUCGAUGGGGUUUGUUCCAUGUGCAACGCUUGAUGCGCAAGCGUUCAGCAAUUUGUCUGGUCUCACCUGGCUAUCUCUUCCCGUGGUCGAGUUGAAUGCAAGGACUGAUCAGCUGUUCCAGGCGCUAACCGACCUUCGAUGGCUGUCUCUCGGGCGGUCGCAUCAUCCCGCAGAUAAUGAUUCGCCUCUCACGUCGAUUCCGCCUGGUGCCUUCCUGCACCUCACGACCGGAAUCAAAUCCAUAAAUCUGAAAAAUAGUCAAGUCUCCAGCAUUGCGGACAAUGCAUUCGAGACCCUUACCUCAUUGACGAGCUUGGACAUUUCCAACACUCGACUGACUUCAAUAUCUGGCUCCACGUUUGCUGGCCUCUCAGCUUUGCCCAAAUUAUAUCUCGCUGGCAAUCCGAUUGAAAGUAUAUCCGAUCAUGCAUUUUCCCACCUUGGCGCGGUGACUGAACUCUCGCUUUCUUAUCGACCAAACGCGACUGUUGGUCCUCUGGCUUUUAAUGGCAUUACACCAAUGCUUCGCACAUUGAAACUGCCCAUCUCAGAGCUCAAUUCGCUUUCGAGCCAGCUUUUUGCGGCGGUUCCUCGGCUAGAAUUGCUGGAUUUGUCAAGUUCUCCUUUAACAUUGAUUCCGACCGGCGCAUUCACCUACUUGAGCGCGCUUUCUGAACUCGAUGCAGCCAACGCUCAAAUCUCAAAUGUGGCUCCAAAUGCAUUUUCCGGGCUCGAGUCCUUGCGCAAACUGAGCUUGUACGGGAAUCCGCUCUCGACACUUCCAAGUCACACGUAUGCCGGUCUUGGUGCUCUGAAUACCCUUUAUUUCGGUGGCAAACACCCGAUCUGGAGUGUGCAGAGCAACGCCUUUGCCCAGCUUCCAGCCCUUCGCACGUUGUCAUUGUCACUCAUGCCAAAUACGACUAUUGCUCCGGACGCAUUUGUGGGCUUGCAAGGUGUGACAAUGCUAUCGCUUUGGAUCCCAAGCCUUGGUUUGGUUUCAGACCAAUUAUUUGCCGCAACUCCGUCUUUGAGUACCCUAUAUGUCUACUUUUUGACGUCCCUACCCGCUGCUGGCUUUGCGAAUCUGCCCAGAUUAAAGACCUUGAAAAUCAUCGACAGCUUCUCUCAGUUGUCGGAAAAAAUUUCGGAGAGCGCGUUGCAAGGCCUGACUUCAUUGGAGACAUUGACACUGGAAGCUCAAACCAAAAUUCCCUCUAAAUUGAUCGAUGGGCUCCCUGCGCUGCAACACUUAUCCUUGGUGGUACGCUCAGCCCCAAUCUCCACGAGCGCCAUUGCAAACUUGCCGUCUUUGACUAGCCUAAGCGUGGAUGGAUCCGUCUCCAAGUUGGAUUCGUCCUUUGCCAAUCUUCCAACGCUUACUUCCUUGACAUUGUUGGGAAUCGCGCCGGAUACCGUUGUUGAUCCCCAUGCUUUUGGUGGACUGCCUCGACUCUCUGAACUCGAGCUUGUCAUUGACCAGUUUUCGCCCGCCACCACGCAAGUGUUUGCCCAACUUUCCAAUCUUUUGAACCUGAAGGUCAAAGUGGCUACUGCAAGUGUCGUCCCUUCGCAUGCAUUUGCCGGUCUUGCCAGUCUCGAAUCCUUGUCAAUCAGAAGUCGGAAUAGCAGAGGGUACUAUUCGUCCAUCACCACCAUCUCUAGUCAAGCUUUAUCUGGGCUGACGCAGUUGACCACGUUUUCUUUGACGAGAAAUCACGCGUUGAAUGCUGUUCCAGCAUCGCUAUUUCAUGGAUUGACAAAGCUGCGUCGUGUUGACCUGUCUGAGAACGCUCUGGUCACGUUGCCUCCGGGGUUGUUUCAAGGGCUGACGAUGCUGAAGGUCGUUCACUUGGAACCCAAUUUGCUGUCUAGUUCUGAAGCGCCUCCUAGUACCUACUCUUACGUUCAAGCGGGAUACACUGGACUGAUGGAGUGCCAUUUCGCGUGUGCUACCUGUUAUGGCGCUGGUCCCGGCUCUUGCUGUAGCGCACAUUGCUUGCGCUGCGAUUCUUCUACGAAUUGCACAGAAUGCUACUCUGGGUUUGUUUUGCAUGCGGGGGUGUGCACCACGAGCGACUCGCGCGCAGAAUUGUAGUGUUUUGUGUUUGAGAUGCUGCGUCUGAAGUGCUGUUGCCGCCUCUCACUUUGUCAAUAUUAAUGUGCAAUGAAAUGCAAUCCACGCUCUCCGUGUCUGUC